AAGGCGUUUUAUCUCCCAGCGCUGCUCUCUAGACUUUUUAGAAGACAUAGUGGAGUAUGCCAGUGUACGAAGAACCAAGCAUAUAUCUGGCUCGCCAAGACACAAAAGUUUGAAGAAGAUGCACUUCAUCAAGAACAUGAGGCAGUAUGACACCAAGAACAGCAGGAUAGUGUUAAUCUGUGCUAAAAGAACACUCUGUGUGGCUUUUUCUAUCCUACCUUACGGGGAGAGUUUACAGAUCAGUGAUCUAAAAAUGGAAGGACAGAAGCAACGACAUCCUUCUGGGGGAGUUUCAGUCUCCACUGAGAUGGUGCUUGGACUGGAAGGAGUAGAGCUUGGUGCUGAUGGCAAGGUUGUGUCCUAUGCAAAGUUCCUGUACCCGACCAACGCCCUGGUUGUUCGCAAAGCCGAGGGCCACGGUGCUGUGCCCCCCUGUCGAGCCAGUGCUUCCCGGAGCCUUCCUGCAGCCAGAUACAAACCUGUCACAGCUAAAACCAUACCAGCAGGAGCAGACAUUGGAAGUGAAGCUGGGGAGGCUGCAGAGUAUGAUCCAAAUCUUCUGGAUGAUCCUCAGUGGCCCUGUGGAAAACACAAACGUGUUCUCAUCUUUGCCUCUUACAUGACUACAGUCAUAGAAUAUGUGAAACCGUCAGACCUUAAAAAGGAUAUGAAUGAAACCUUCAGGGAGAAGUUUCCUCACAUCAAGCUGACACUGAGCAAAAUCAGGAGUUUAAAGAGAGAGAUGCGGAACCUGAGUGAAGAGUGCAGUCUGGAGCCAGUCACUGUCUCCAUGGCUUACGUGUACUUCGAGAAGCUCGUCCUCCAGGGCAAGCUCAACAAGCAGAACCGCAAGCUGUGUGCUGGGGCCUGUGUCCUGCUGGCAGCCAAGAUCAGCAGCGACCUCAGGAAACAUGAAGUCAAACACCUCAUCGACAAACUAGAAGAGAGAUUCAGAUUCAACAGAAGGGAUCUCAUUGGGUUUGAGUUCACCGUCCUUGUCGCUUUGGAACUGGCUCUCUACCUUCCUGAAAACCAAGUUUUACCUCAUUACAGACGGCUCACACAACAGUCAUAA